AUGGGAGUGCGUCGCGAGAAGACUGAGGCGACGUCAGUACGUAUUAGGGCCGCAGGUUACAAUCUCGUGGAAAUGUGGGAGUGCGACUUCAAGACGUACCUCAUUAAUAAUCCGGAUAUAGCCGAAUUUUUGGAAAACCACAACGUGGUAAAAAAUGAGCCCCUAAACCCCCGAGACGGUUUCUUUGGCGGACGUACGAAUGCCGUCAAGUUGUAUCACAAGACCGAAGGCGAUGAAGUGAUAAGGUACUUGGACGUCUGCUCCCUGUACCCCUACGUCAACAAGUACGCAAAAUACCCUGUAGGCCACCCGCGCGUACUUGUAACCCCCGAAGAACUUCGCACCGUCAAUCUUAAUUCCGUGGAAGGCAUAAUGAAGUGCACGGUUCUGCCGCCCCAACACCUCUACCACCCCGUGCUUCCAUACCGUUGCCACGGCAAGCUCAUGUUUCCGCUAUGCCGCACAUGUUGCGAAACGAUGGAGCAGGAUGAGUGUGAGCACUCUGAAGAAGAACGGAGGUUCAGUGGCACAUACGUAGCCGAUGAACUCCGUAAAGCCAUUUCCUUGGGGUACGUAGUGGAGGACAUACAAGAAGUAUGGGAGUACCGUACCACCAAGUACGAUAAGGCUACAAAGAGCGGGGGAUUAUUCACCGGCUACGUCGACAACUUUUUGAAGACGAAGCAAGAAUGCAGUGGGUGGCCAUCCUGGUGUGUUGACGAGGAGGCCUGUAUGCAGUACCUAGCCGACUACAUGGAGCACGAGGGGAUCCAACUCGACCGGUCCAAGAUUGCGGUGAACGCAGGGCUUCGCUACAUUGCCAAACUUUUCCUCAAUUCGUUUUGGGGAAAGUUUGGACAGCGCGACAAUCUGACGAAAACCGCAAUUGUCUCAGAGCCUGAGCAGUUUUUCCAAAUGCUCACUGACCCGGCCGUGGAACUCAACUCGAUCAUUCCCGUGAACGACGAGACCCUCAUCGUCAACUGGACACUCCCCGAAGAAGCCGUCGAACCCCUGAGGACCACCAAUGUGGUGUUGGCAGCUUAUACAACCGCCCAUGCCCGCCUAAAACUCUACAGCUAUCUCGAGCAGCUGGGUGAACGAGUCUUGUACUUUGACACCGAUUCAGUCAUCUUCACGGAGAACCCCGGAGAGUGGUCACCAGCUUGCGGCAACUUCUUGGGAGAUAUGACUGACGAGGUGGAAUGCUAUGGCCCCGGCAGCAGAAUAGUUGAGUUUGUGAGUGGUGGACCGAAAAACUAUGCGUUCAAGGUGUUUUCCCCAAGUACUAACAAUUAUAGUGUAGUGUGUAAGGUUAAGGGCAUCUCCCUAAAUUACAAAAAUAGUGCUGUGGUGAAUUUCGAAACAAUCAAGGACGCCGUGUUGAACAAUGCCCCAGAGACUUUUGUGGAGACUGAUCGUCGUAUAGCCAGGACUUGUACAUACGACGUCAUCUCCAAGCCUGAGAGGAAGCGCUAUCGUGUCGCGUACACAAAGCGUCGCCGCAUAGCUGUAGGCUGCGACACACUACCGUAUGGUUAUAAGAAGUAA